GUGGAUAGAGAUUUAGAUUCUCAGGCUAUGUUUAUUAAUGAUAAUUUUUUUUCUGUUGGGGGUAAGAUUGUAUCAGAGUUCUACAAAAGGAAUAAAAGAGCAAAGAUAACAGUUUCUAUGUCGACUCAUUUAAUGAUUCAUAAUAGGGUUGAUUCUUCGAAUAAGUGUCUAUUGAAAAUUUCUUUAAUCAGUAUUCCUCAAAAAAUACCGAAUAAAAUUAAUAGUGAUAGUAUUAUUCAAACCUUGAUGACAGAUUAUGCUGGGCAGAAAAAUUUGAAAGUGAAGUUUGAAGAUGAGACAGUUGCUUUAUCUUCUAAGAGUGAUUGUGCGAAUAAGUCAGAAUUAAGUUCUUUGAAUAAUCUUUAUUUAUCAAAACAUGUUCGAGUCAAAGAUUUUGAUGGUUUAGGUAGUGGUUUUGAGUCAAAUUCAGUUAAUAGUUCAUGUUUACCAAAGCAAGUUCAUAGUGAUGCAUCUGAAGGGUCAGUUGGUACUUUUUAUGCAAAAGAAGUAAAUGAUCAUGCAGAUUUUUGUCAGAAAGAUGAUGCAGAAGAAUCUGUAAAUAAUAGUUCUUAUUAA